UCCCAGAUGAGUAUAACCGCUUUAUAAAGCUGGCUCACUCUAAAAUCCUCCGAAUGUCCCGGAUGUUCCUCUCUGGUUCUCUCUCUGGCCUUCGAGUACGAACUAAGCAGUCAUGGCCAAAAGAACGAAGAAGGUUGGGGUUACAGGAAAGUACGGCACACGCUAUGGUGCUUCGCUUAGGAAGAUGAUAAAGAAAAUCGAAAUCCAGCAGCACUCCAAGUACACAUGUGUAUUCUGUGGAAAGGAAACCCUUAAGAGGAAGUGUGUUGGUAUUUGGCAUUGUAAAGGCUGUGGCAAGACCAUCGCCGGAGGUGCAUGGGUUGUUAGCACCACUGCUGCUGCCACUGUGAGGAGUGCUGUGCGUCGUCUGAGGGAAAUGCAGGAGACUUAAAGUGUCCUUAACCUAUGUAUAAUAAAUUGGCCUUCAACCUUCA